AUGGAUGCAGGAGUCUACGAACCUUCAAACUCGUCAUACCGUUCACGAUGGUUUUGUGUUGUAAAGAAAGACGGGAAGAGCCUGCGAAUUGUUCAUAGUUUAGAGCCUCUAAACGCCAUAACAAUUGCACACUCAGGCUUACCUCCUGCUACAGAAGAGCUCGCAAACCAUUUUGUUGGGCGGGCGUGCGGGGCAAUAUUGGAUCUUUAUGUAGGAUAUGACGAGCGUCUCCUCGCCGAAUCCUCUCGAGACCUAACGACAUUCUCGACACCAUUUGGUGCCUUGAGACUGGUGACCUUGCCGAUGGGUUGGACGAACUCUGUACCCAUUUUCCAUGAUGAUGUAACUUAUAUCUUGAAGGAUGAGAUUCCUGAAUACACCAAGCCAUACAUAGACGACGUACCAGUGAGAGGACCGCCGACACGAUACAAGCUGCCCGAUGGAACCUAUGAAAUGAUUCCAGAGAACCCAGGAAUUCGUAGGUUCGUCUGGGAGCACUUCCAGGCUUUGAAUCGUGUCCUACAGCGCAUGAAAUAUGCAGGAGGCACAUUUUCAGGUCAUAAGACAGUCCUAUGCGCUGCUGAGAUCCUAGUGGUUGGCUAUGUGUGCGGAUAUGAAGGGCAAAGACCUUCUCGAGGGACAAUUGACACGAUAAUGAACUGGGGACCAUGUAAGGACUUGACUGCUGUCAGGGCCUUCUUAGGAACGUGUGUGAGGACUCGAAAUCACGUACCAGACUUCGUCUUCCAUGCCGCUCCAUUAUACGGGUUGACAAAAAAGGACGUUCCAUUUGUAUGGGGUCCAGAACAACAAAAUGCGAUGGAUAACUUGAAAGCAGCGAUUAAAUCGCACUUCAAGACAAGAAACCCGGACUACACGAGUGAAAUGCCACUGGUGUUAGCUGUGGACUCAUCGUAUAAAGGAGUUGGAUGGUAUAUUUACCAAAGAGACAAGAACAACCCAAAGGUCAUUCACUAUGUGAAAUUCGACGGGAUGCCAUUCGCACCUCGUCAGCAGCGCUAUUCACAGCCCAAACGCGAACUGUGUGGGCUUAGGAUGGUGCUGGAAGAAGAUCAAUAUUUAUUGAAAGGCUGCAGAAACCUGGUCGUCGAAACGGACGCGAAAUAUCUGUUCGGAAUGUUGAAUAAUCCAGGCAUGAUGUAUUAA